GCGGUGUGUGUAUUGCUAUAUAAUCUGGUUAAACCAGUGCCCAAAGAUUUCUUUAUAUUCUGCUUGUGAUUUUCCUUCAACAUUUCUCCCUUUUCGUAAACAAGCGCAAUCUCUCCUGCUGUUGCUUUGGCUGUUGGUGAACUGCAAGAAGGAUGUUCAAAUGAUGAUCAACUUUAAUUCAGUUAACCUUGUAUCAUAGCCAAGCUAUCUUUCUUCACUCUCUUUUUCAUCUAUCUUUGUUUUCAAAUACUAUUAGCUCUUUUCCCCUCUCUUAUUUCAUUCUCUUCCCAUUUUCUUCGUCCUUUAAUCUUCUUUUUUCUCAUCUCUCCCUCUCUCUUUUCAUCCAGUAGUGAUCACCACUUGAUUUCAUUGUCAUCUUCACUUCACCUUUGUAAAAUUUGACUUAAUGCUCAUAGUGUUCCUAGUUACUAAUUGGUCAGCUGCUAUUGUAAAUUCCCUGGCUUCAUCUUGUUUUUGUUUCUCUCUCAAGUAUUCUAUUUUUGUUGCUAACAAUUGUUAACUGUAAUAAUAAGUGACAAUGUCUACUGAUGCAAUCAAACAUAAACAAAUCUCGGUUCGUGGUAUCGCCGAGAUUGAAGAUGUGACCGCACUGAAGAAGUCUUUCAAUCGACAUUUGCAUUACACUCUGGUCAAGGAUAGAAAUGUUGCCACAAAUCGUGAUUAUUACCAUGCAAUGGCUCACACUGCUAAGGAUCAUCUCGUCUCUCGUUGGCUCAGAACUCAACAGCGCUAUUAUUCCGAGGACCCAAAGAGAAUUUAUUACUUAUCACUUGAGUACUACAUCGGUCGGUCAUUAACCAAUACAAUGUUGAACUUAGGUAUCCAAGGUAGUUGUGAUGAAGCUCUUUACCAAAUGGGAUUAGAAAUCGAAGAGCUAGAAGAGCAAGAACAAGAUGCUGGUCUUGGUAAUGGUGGCUUGGGUCGCUUAGCUGCUUGCUUUUUAGAUUCAAUGGCUACUCUAGGAAUUGCUGGCUAUGGUUAUGGUUUACGUUAUGAUUAUGGUAUCUUUAACCAGCGUAUUAUCAAUGGUGAACAAGUUGAAGAACCCGAUGACUGGCUUCGAUUUGGUAAUCCAUGGGAAAAGGAUCGCCCAGAGACCACCAUACCAGUUAAUUUUUAUGGUAGAGUUGUUCAAGAAGGUGGUAAAUCUAAAUGGGUCGACACUCAGGUCGUUUUUGCCACUCCUCAUGAUUAUCCUGUUCCAGGAUAUAAAAAUAAUGUGGUCAACACUAUGAGACUUUGGUCAGCGCGAUCACCAGUCAGCUUUGAACUCAAAUUCUUUAAUGACGGUGAUUAUAUUCAAGCAGUAUUGGAUCGUAAUUUAGCUGAAAACAUAACUCGGGUUUUGUACCCUAAUGAUAACAAUUUUGGUGGUAAAGAAUUACGUUUAAAACAAGAAUACUUUAUGGUUACAGCAACUCUCCAUGAUAUCAUUCGUCGGUAUAAAAAUGCUCGCAAAGUCAGAAAUGAAACUCAUCUUGGAUAUGACUUGUUCCCAGAUAAAGUGGCUAUCCAAUUGAAUGAUACCCACCCAGCCUUGGUAAUACCAGAAUUAAUGAGAAUUCUUGUUGACAUUGAAGAUAUGGCUUGGGAUGACGCAUGGGAUAUCGUUGUGAAAACCUGUUGCUAUACAAACCAUACUGUUCUGCCCGAGGCUCUAGAAAGAUGGCCAGUUAGUCUGUUUGAAAAUCUUCUUCCUCGUCACUUACAAAUUAUUUAUGAAAUCAAUGCUAAACAUUUAGAUGGUGUCUCUGCUAAAUGGCCUAAUGAUCUAGCCAGGCUUAGUAGAAUGUCGCUCGUUGAAGAAUGGCCUUAUAAGCAAGUUAACAUGGCUAAUUUGGCUGUUGUUGGAUCACAUUCUGUUAAUGGAGUGGCAAGAAUACAUUCAGAAAUCAUCAAAAAAGAUAUUUUCAAUGAUUUUUAUCAAAUGACACCAGAAAAAUUCAACAAUAAAACCAAUGGAAUCACACCUAGACGUUGGUUAUUACUCUGUAAUCCUAGUUUAGCUGACCUGAUUGCAGACCAUAUCGGUCAAGAAUGGAUUACCGAUUUGUAUGAACUUAAAAAGUUACAGAAAUUUAUCAAUGAUCAAAAGUUUAUUCGAGCUGUCCAAAGAGUUAAACAAGAAAAUAAAAUGAAACUUGCUGGUCUUUUGGAGCAAGAAUAUGGUGUUGAAAUUAACCCUGGUUCACUGUUUGACAUUCAAGUUAAACGAAUUCAUGAAUACAAGCGACAAUUACUUAAUGCUCUUCACAUUGCCACUUUAUAUAACCGUAUCCGAGCUAAUCCUAACGAUGACAUUGUACCAAGGACUAUCAUGAUUGGUGGUAAAGCAGCACCCGGUUAUCAUAUUGCCAAACAAAUAAUUAAACUAAUCAAUGGAAUCGCAAACGUAGUCAACAAUGACCCUAUUGUUGGAGACAAAUUGAAAGUUAUCUACCUUGCCAAUUAUCGUGUUUCAUCUGCUGAAAAAAUUAUCCCCGCAGCUGAUCUUUCAGAACAAAUUUCAACUGCUGGUACUGAAGCAUCAGGAACAGGUAAUAUGAAAUUUAUGGCCAAUGGAGCUUUGACCAUCGGUACUUUGGAUGGUGCAAAUGUUGAAAUGGCUGAGGAAAUGGGCCAUGAAAAUAUAUUCAUUUUUGGUAUGACUGAAGAUGAAGUAAAUGCACUGAAAGAGAAAGGUUAUAAUGCUCUUGACUAUUAUAACUCUAUACCUGAACUUAAAACUGUGAUAGACCAGAUCGACAAUGGAUUUUAUUCAAAAGGCGAUUCAUCUGUUUUUAAAGAUGUUGUCAAUGUUCUUAUGAAUCAUGACAGAUUCUUUGUCUUUGCUGAUUUCAAAGCUUAUCUUGACGCUCAAGAAAAAGUAUCCCAAACCUAUCAGGAUCAGGAAAAAUGGACUCAGAUGGCCAUUAUAAAUAUUGCCUCUGUUGGCAAAUUUUCAUCGGAUCGUGCAAUAUCAGAGUAUGCUACUGAGCUUUGGGGAGUUCAGCCAACUCGACAAAAAUUCCCUGAACCUUAUGAACCAGUUGAAAGCAAUGGUAUUGUCAAGAAUGAAACUGGAACAAAAGAUGCCAUAAAACCAAAUGUCAAGUCUGUGCCCAAUGCUGGCAAAAAAGUUGUUGGAAGCAAAUCAUAAAUUUUUCAUCUUAAAUAAAGUUAAUCAUCCGUAAUAUAAUAAGAUAAAUUAAAUGAGUGGCCUUCAUCCCAAGAAAGAAACUAAUCAAUCAAUUGAUUACUAUUACUGGAAGAAAAUAUAAAGAUACUAAGCUAUAAAAUGAUUGGAAAUUUUAUUUCUUGGUUCGAUGGAAAUGUUUUGCAUGUAAAAGUUUCAACUUGAGGAUGAAGACGAAGACAAAUUUAAAGAUACUAAAUUGUAACAUACAAAAAUUGUAUUUAAUGUUUAAAAUCCAACAAUAGUAGCAUCAAACCAAUUAGAACAAUGUAAUUCAAUUAAUUUGAUUGACCUAACAAUUAGAAUCUUAAAUUUGUUACAAAUCAACAA